AUGGUCGCUCAUCUUGGUGAUUUUGGCAUUGGGAAGCUUUUUGGUGACGGAGAAGUUGUUGUCCAGACACAAACAUUGGCAACCAUCGGUUAUGCAGCACCAAAGUUGGGAAUGGAAGGGAAAGUGUCCACACAUGGAGACGUGUACAGUUUCGGGAUAAUGUUGCUCGAGAUGUUUACAGGGAAGAAGCCGACAGAUGAUAUGUUUGGUGGGGAAAUGAGGUUAAAAGAGUGGGUAAGUGAAGCAUUACAAGAAAAAUCAGUUCCUCUUGCACCCACUUUGCUAUCUAGUGAAGAUCAACUUUUCUGUGCAAAGGAGCAAUGCGUGUUGUCAAUUUUUGAGCUAGCAAUGAAAUGUUUAGCCGUUGCACCGCAUGAAAGAAUCAACAUGAUUGAAGCAGCGACUACUCUCCAGAGGAUCUAUGCAACAACGGUAACAAAAAGUCAUCGUCCACCAUAUGCUUUUUCUGUUAGUAUUCACAAUAAUGGGUUAUGA